GUAGACGUCUCCUCGCGCUCCUUCCUCCGUGGAGUAGUGCACCCGCUUUACUUCGGCCAUGUGAGUGACGCCCCCACCAAAAAGCAACAAACACGUAUACGUAUCCUUCAAGUAGGACGCUCGGACGUAGCCCAGCUGGAGCUCUCUGCUUCAAUGGAUUCCCAUUGGGUAUGGUGCAUAGUUCAUUUGUCGCUGUUCGCUCAUCGGAUCGUCUGUGACGAUAGCCCAAACGAAGACACGUAUAUGGUGACAGCAAGGCUUAAGGCUCGGCUUCUGGACCCAAAGGUUUACGACAGGGUAGUCCGACCCACUGGGAUAAACUCUACUGUGACGCCUAUCGGUGUGGACAUCGUACCAGAAUCUGUCGCGCAUGCGGGAAUGUCCACGGACAGCCUUGAGAUCAGCUUCCUCUAUUGCAUGACUUGGAGCGACCCUCGUCUGCAGUGGGACAGGAAGAAAGACGACCCCACCUUCUUCAUUGCGCCAACCACAAGUGUCUGGGUGCCUGACACUACAUUACUCAAUGCGAAUCCCAACAUGAUUUAUGUAGGUCAAGACAACGUAGUCGAUGUCCAGGACAAUGGCAUCGUCCUCAUGUGCCCUUCACUGACGGCCACCGUACCCUGCACCAUGGACAUGAGAAACUUCCCUUACGACGUUCACGAGUGCACCCUGCAGUUUGCGUCGCUUUCUUAUUCGGACUCCGAAAUCGAGUACACGACCAAAAUUCGGCCCACCCCAACGAACAAUGUAAGCUCCGAAUGGGAUGUGCAAGUAGUCUCGUUCCAGAAAGGGAAAGUCCUCAACCAUACGUCCUUGGACCUCGUGGUGCGCAUGCGUCGCACAGGUGGCGUCUACCCGUACACAGUGACGUUGCCGACGCUAGCCCUAGCGUUCGUGACGUUGGCUAUCUUCUGGAUGCCACCAGAUUCAGACAGGAGAAUCACCGUGGGCCUAUUCGGAUUGCUCGCAACGUACCUGUUGCUGUCCUGGAUGACGUGGACAAUGGAGGCUCACGUAUUCGUGCCUCGGAUUAUUACGUUCCUUGGAAGCACCAUGCUUGUUGAAGCUAUCGUCAUUGGCUUCUCUGUAGUCACCAUGAACUUGGUGAACACCUCCAUGCCGAGUCCCGACCUCCUGGUACGCUUCCUACGUGGUCCAGCGGCGAAGUUUCUCUGCUUGAGCCAACAAGUCAAGUCCCCAGGUGCCGUGGAUACAGACGACGAUGGACAGAUCAACUCGAAAGAAAAUGACAGCGACUGGUACAUGAUUGCUCAAUGUCUGGACAGGUUUCUGUUCCUUGUGUUUCUUGCUGUCUUUGUGGCUCUGGAGGUUUAAAUUUCUUUUCGUCGCCGCUAGUGUCGUGUGUUAUCUGUUUCGUUGAAAUUGACUCGCAUGUUGAGACAAGGCACAAGAUCAAUAAAGGUGUCAAAACGAAU